AUGAAGCUCUUAUCAUGGAAUGUAAGGGGUUUGGGUAAAUCUGUAAAGAGAAGGAGGGUCAAAUUACUGCUUAAGGAUAGGAAAAUUGAUUUUGCUUUUUUCCAAGAGACAAAGAAAAGUGAGGUUACACCAGAUUUUGUAAAAUCAUCAUGGCCUAUGGAUGAAAUAGAAUUCAUGGCAGUCAACUCUGAAGGGAGAGCUGGUGGGCUUCUGUGCAUUUGGAAACCAACUGUUUUCAAGCUAUCACAGUAUUGUAGCACAAGGCAUUGCAUUGUACUCUCAAGUACUCUUCUUCCAAAUUUUAACUGUGUUCUUGUCAGUGUUCAUGCUCCUAAUGAAGUUAAUGAGAGAAGUAGAUUCUGGAAUGUCCUGCAUGGGUUGAGAUCUAGCUUCUAUAAUCCCUGGUGUCUAGUUGGUGACAUCAAUGAGAUACGGAAUCUUGGGGAAAGAAUGGAGUGUUCUAGAAAAGACAAAGGGAUGAAAGAGUUUAAUCUAUUUAUAGAAAAUAUGGAGCUUCUUGAUUUACCCAUGUUGGGAAGACAGUUCACUUGGUGCAAUUCUAAUGAAGGUGAAAGAUGGAGUAGAAUUGAUAGAGUACUCAUGUCAACAGAGUGGGUGGAAAAGUUGAAUUUAAAGUUAUGGGGUCUAGAGAGAAGUGUUUCAGAUCAUUGCCCCCUGCUACUGGUCGAGGAUGGCAAGGAUUGGGGUCCAAGGCCAUUCCGGUUCAUAAACGCUUGGACUUCACAUCCGAAAUUUGGAGAAGUUGUGAAAAAGUCCUUGGUUGAUUCUGCUUUUACUGGCUGGGCAGGUUUUAUUGUUAUGAAUAAGCUGAAGGUUCUACGUUCAGUUUUGAAAAAAUGGAAUGCAGAGGUCUUUGGCAAUAUUACUCAUUCAUUGAAAGUAGCGGAGGAAGAACUCCAUGCAAUUGAUCUAGUGGCUGAAUCUAGAAGUCUUAUGCAGAAUGAGGUUAAAAGAAGGAGAGAAGUCCGAAAGGAAGUAUGGUUAUUAAAUAGGAGAGAAGAAUGGUUAUGGAGGCAGAAGUCUAGAGUUAAUUGGAGUUUAAAAGGAGAUAAGAAUACAAGAUUCUUUCAUGUCAUAGCUACAAGCAGGCAGAAUAGAAAUCUGUUGAAUUCAAUUGAAGUGGAUGGGGAGAUUCAUGAGGAUCCACAAAAGAUCAAAUUUGAGGUAGCUAAACACUUUAAAAACAGAUUUUGUGAAGAGUGGAAAGUUCGACCUAAGCUCCAAGGUGUUUUCAAGACCAUUGGGCAUGAUAAUGAUUCUAAUGGGCUGGUUAUUCCUUUUUCAGAGGAGGAGAUUUGGAGAGCUAUUAGAGAGAGUGAUGGAAAUAAGGCACCAGGACCUGACGAUUUUUUGGAAAUGACGGGUCAAUUUCCCCACGGCGGAGGUUCUCCAGGCGCCAGAGGCGAGCCUAACAUCAUGUCUCUGCCUCCGAGGGUGACUUCUCGCAAUGUGGGGGGGUAUGGCUCUACUGUGGCGAGAGACUGGUAUGCCGAGCUCCCGGAGGCUGUUUGGGAUUUGGUUGACUUGACGGGUUUCGGACCUUUCUUUGUGGGUCUAUGUGUACUUCCCGACAUUGACCACAAAGAUGUUGGUAGGGGGACUUCUCAUGACCCCAUACUCACUGGUAUUUGA